UAUCACCACCGCCGCCGCCGCCACCACCACCACCACCACCCUCUGUCGCUCUUCCGCGCGUCUCUCCGCGUCCGCACGCACGGACAGAAGCCGCACGGGCCGCCCGAACAACAUCACCGGCCGUGCCGGUAAGGAGAGAGAAAGAGAGUUCAUUAACAAUUUACUCUCGAGGUGCGGCACAACGUAAGGCUGCUGCUGCUGCUGCUGAACCAACAACAACAACUGCUGUUGUUGCUGCUGCCGCCCGCUGCUGAGGUUUCAUUUUUAUAUUUUCUGGAGGAGGAGCAGGAGAAAGUAAGUGGAAGAAGGUGGUGGAAAGGAGUGGAGAGUUUUUAAAUAAUAAUAAAAUAACAACCUACAGAGAGGACGAGCGAGAGAGUGGGAAGAGGAGAGAGAAAGACGGGGAGGGAGAGAGAGAGGCGAGGGAACGAGACGGAGGGGAAGAGACGGAGGGGAAGAGACGGGGAUCGUCCACGCCAGAGUGGGGAAGAGAACAGAAGGGAGCCGAGACGGGGUUGGGGGGGAGAGAGGCGAGACGGAGAGGAGAGCGGGCGAAGAGACGAGUCGACGUUAGCGCGCUGGAGCGGUGGCGUCGACUCAACGCGACUCGACCCGGCUAUGGAAACGUUGCAGGAGACGCGGACAGACGUCGAGGCCGCUGCCGCAGCGAACCCGGCCGUGUUCCUGGCGCUCCUCGCCCAGAACCAGGAGUUCCGCAAAGAGAUCCCUCAGUGUGCCGGCUGCAAUCAGCACAUCCUCGACCGCUUCAUACUCAAGGUGCUGGACCGCGCCUGGCACAGCAAGUGUCUCAAGUGCUGCGACUGCCAGGCGCAGAUGAGUGACAAGUGUUUCUACCGGGAUGGCAGCGUCUACUGCAAGGAGGACUUCUUCAGGAGGUUCGGCACGAAGUGCGCGGCCUGCGGCCAGGGCAUCCCGCCCUCGCAGGUGGUGCGCCGCGCACAGGACUUCGUGUACCACGUGGCGUGCUUCGCCUGCAUCGUCUGCACGCGGCAGCUCGCCACGGGCGACCAGUUCUACCUGCUGGACGACGGCAGGCUCGUGUGCAAGGACGACUACGAGGAUGCCAAGCGGCGAGAGGCGGAGAUGGACAACGGCUCCAAGAGGCCGCGCACCACCAUCACGGCCAAGCAGCUCGAGACGUUGAAGAGCGCCUACAACAACUCCCCCAAGCCGGCUCGCCACGUGCGCGAGCAGCUCUCCUCCGAGACGGGGCUCGACAUGAGGGUCGUGCAGGUGUGGUUCCAGAACAGGCGCGCUAAGGAGAAGCGCCUCAAGAAGGACGCCGGCCGUCAGCGCUGGGGCCAGUACUUCCGCGCCAGCAAGCGGGCCAAGGGCUCGGGCUCGGGGGCCAAGGACGUCGGAGGGGCGACGGACGCGGCGAGUAACGGCGACAUGUCCUUCCGCGAAGACCAGAGUCUGUCGGAGAUGAGCCACACCAACGGCGGACUCUACGGCGAGGUGGACGAGGCUGGCGGCGGCGGCGGCGGCGGCGGCCCCGGCCACUGCGGCAUCGGCGCCGCCCACCUGGCCGACCCCUUCCUGGUGCAGCAGCAGCAGCAGCAGGAGGGUGGCUCGGCCCACCCGCACUUCCCUGAACUCCGCGCCGCCGCCGCCGCCAGCCCCUUCUCCGUGGUGCACUCGCCCUCCGUGGCGCUGCCGGGGCUCGCCGGGGCGGCGAGGCAGCCCAUGCUCGCGCCGCCGCCGCUCGGGUACCACGAGGUGGGGCCGAUGCCCGGCGGGCUGCAGGUGGGCGGAGGAGGCGGUGGUGCGGGGGCAGGAGGAGGAGGAGGAGGUGGGGCGACUGGGGGGGGAGGAGGAGGGGGCCAGGGACUCGCGCAGCCGCCCGGCGUGCGGAUGCUCGGCACCGCGCAGGGUCCCAGCUCGGACCUCUCGACGGGAAGCAGCGCCGGGUAUCCCGACUUCCCCACCAGCCCCGCGUCGUGGCUCGACGACAUGGACCCGGCGCAGUUUUAGUGUGUGUGUGUGGGCAAGGGUUGGUGAGAGUGUGUGUGUGUGUGGGCAAGGGUUGGUGAGAGAGUG